AUGGUGAAAGAGUCGGAUUUCUUUGUGGAGACCGAGCAAGAGCAGAAACUGAAUCAUGAUAAGCGGAACUGGAUCAGAGUCAAGCCCGAUCCGGAAGAGCAUCAGAAGUACUUCUGGGCUAAGAAGCAAGAAACCUCGGAAAGCAGACUCGGUGGCUUUGAAAUCAUAUUCACGUUUGCGCAACAAAAGCAGGUCAUCGUUGAUGCAUCUGAAAUGUGA